AUGGCGCAGAUUGACGCGUACCAGGUGGACGGAUUCCGAAGAUACCGCAAUUGGUACUCAUCCACCAUGAUAGCUUCUGCACUGUUUUACCUCGGCCUAGUUGCGAGUAUAGCCCUCUCAUCGCCGAUUAAUAAGACAGAAAGUCGCCCCACAGCGACUAUUGAUGCAGGUGUAGUCGCUGGAACCACAACGUCUGUAUCGUCCUCAACUGUUACAGUAAACCAAUUCCUCGGUAUCCCCUUUGGUGCCCCUCCUGUGCGCUUCAGCCCUCCACAGCCUCCUGCGCCAUGGUCCUCGGUCUACGACGCAUCCAAGUAUAAACCUGAUUGCAUUCAGCAAUUUAACUAUCCGGAGGCCGCACGGAACCGGUCAAUCGCAGUUUUCAACACACCUCCGCCUCGGGGCGGCGAGGAAAGCGAGGACUGUCUCCAUUUGAAUGUCUUUGCCCCAGAGUCGGCAGCAGAGGGCUCCAAGGCUGUUCUCUUCUGGAUCUACGGCGGUAGCUUUUCGAUUGGAGCCAGUUCUCUGCCUAUUUAUGAUGGCACUAGUCUUGCGGCGAACCAGGACGUGGUGGUAGUCACCAGCAACUAUCGCACCAACGUCUUCGGUUUCCCUGGCUCUCCUGACCUACCUACAUCAGAAUGGAAUCUUGGGUGA